CUCCGCUCCGGCUGUCGGCGGGGCGGCUCCAGCCCCACGCCGCCGGCGGGCCCCGCCGCCCGCCCGAGCCCCCCGCCGCCCCCCGCCGCCGCCAUGGGCGCCGCGGCCCUGCGCGCCCUCCCCUGGGCCCUGCUGCUGCUGGGGCCGCUGCUCCCCGGGCAGGGCUUGCAGGCCAACCCCUCCGAGCCCCCGCAGGGCCAGCCGGCCCCGCUACCGGGGGCAGACAUGGGGGGUUUCACUCCCGCGCCCCCCCCCUCCGUGCAGGAGAUCCACCCGCUGAACAAGCAGCCGGCGAACGGCUCGGGCGAGGGGCACGCCAAGCACCGCAAAGCCUUCCCCGUGCUGGGCACCGACUACACCCGCGUCCGCAUGCCCUUCGAGAUCUCCCUCUGGAUCCUGCUGGCCUGUCUCAUGAAGCUGGGCUUCCACGUGAUCCCUUCAGUGUCCAGCAUCGUCCCUGAGAGCUGCCUGCUCAUCGUGGUGGGCCUUCUGGUUGGGGGGCUCAUUAAAGGGGUGGGCGAAAAGCCCCCCAUCCUCAAGUCGGACAUCUUCUUCCUUGUCCUCCUCCCACCCAUCAUCUUGGAUGCCGGCUACUUCCUCCCCUUGCGCCAAUUCACUGAGAACCUGGGCACCAUCCUCAUCUUCGCCGUGGUGGGGACGCUCUGGAAUGCCUUCUUCUUGGGUGGCCUCAUGUACGCUGUGUGCCAGCUCGGUGGCCCCGGCCUGAACCACAUCGGCCUCUUGGCCAACCUGCUCUUCGGCAGCAUCAUCUCGGCCGUGGACCCGGUGGCCGUGUUGGCCGUUUUUGAGGAGAUCCACAUCAACGAGCUGCUCCACAUCUUGGUGUUCGGGGAAUCCCUGCUGAACGACGCCGUCACAGUCGUCCUUUACCACCUCUUUGAGGAGUUCGCCACCUUCGAGCAGGUCACCAUUAUCGAUAUCAUCCUCGGCUUCCUCAGCUUCUUCGUGGUGUCGCUGGGCGGCGUCUUCGUGGGUGUCAUUUACGGGGUGAUCGCUGCCUUCACAUCCCGCUUCACCUCCCACAUCCGAGUCAUCGAGCCCCUCUUCGUCUUCCUCUACAGCUACAUGGCAUAUCUCUCCGCCGAGCUCUUCCACCUCUCCGGCAUCAUGGCGCUCAUCGCCUCUGGCGUGGUCAUGCGGCCCUAUGUGGAAGCCAACAUCUCGCACAAGUCCCACACCACCAUCAAGUAUUUCCUCAAGAUGUGGAGCAGUGUGAGCGAGACCCUCAUCUUCAUCUUCCUGGGUGUCUCCACCGUGGCCGGCCACCACUACUGGAACUGGACCUUCGUCAUCAGCACGUUGCUCUUCUGCCUCAUCGCGAGAGUUCUAGGCGUCCUGGUCCUCACCUGGUUCAUCAACAAGUUCCGAAUUGUGAAGCUGACGCCGAAGGACCAGUUCAUUAUCGCCUACGGGGGCCUGCGGGGAGCCAUCGCCUUCUCGCUCUGCUACCUCCUCGACUAUAAGCAUUUCGGCAUGAGGGACAUGUUCCUCACAGCCAUCAUCACCGUCAUCUUCUUCACCGUUUUCGUGCAGGGCAUGACCAUCCGGCCCUUGGUGGACCUGCUGGCUGUGAAGAAGAAGCAAGAGACUAAACGCUCCAUCAACGAAGAGAUCCACACGCAGUUCUUGGAUCACCUUCUGACGGGGAUUGAGGACAUCUGUGGUCACUAUGGGCAUCACCACUGGAAGGACAAGCUGAAUCGCUUCAACAAGAAGUACGUGAAGAAGUGCCUGAUAGCGGGGGAGCGGUCCAAGGAGCCCCAGCUCAUCGCAUUUUAUCACAAGAUGGAGAUGAAGCAGGCGAUCGAGCUGGUGGAGAGCGGGGGCAUAGGCAAGAUCCCCUCCGCUGUCUCCACCGUCUCCAUCCAGAACAUCAACCCCAAGACCCUCCCCGUGGAGCGCAUCCUGCCCGCCCUGUCCAAGGACAAGGAGGAGGAGAUCCGCAAAAUCCUUCGCAACAACCUGCAGAAAACCAGGCAGCGGUUGCGAUCCUACAACCGGCACACGCUCGUGGCCGACCCCUACGAGGAAGCCUGGAACCAGAUGCUCCUGCGGCGGCAGAAGGCCCGGCAGCUGGAACAGAAGAUGAACAACUACCUGACGGUGCCGGCUCACAAGCUGGAUUCGCCCACCAUGUCCCGGGCUCGCAUCGGCUCAGACCCGCUGGCCUAUGAACCCAAGGCAGACUCGGAGAACCUGCCCAUCAUCACCAUCGACCCAGCAUCCCCACAGUCCCCGGAGUCCGUGGACCUGGUGAACGAGGAGCCCAAGGGCUGCAGUGGGCUCCCGCCCUCGCCCGAGGAGGAUGAGGAAGGGCUGGUGAUGCGGGCGAAGGAGCCUUCCUCCCCGGGAACGGACGACGUCUUCACCCCGGGGACCAGCGACAGCCCCAGCAACCAGCGGAUGCUGCGAUGUCUGAGUGACCCAGGGCCGCGGCCGGAGCCGGAGGAGGGGGAGCCUUUCAUCCCCAAGGGCCAGUAGCUGCCGGUGUGCGAAGCCUCCCGCGCCUCUGUACGGUUUUUCUCUCUUCAUUCGUUCUUUCUUUGCUCUCCUUUUGGUUUCCUCUCUCACUACACACCGGGUUUGGGAUGGAGAGACCAUCCUGGAUGGACCGGGAUUGCCAGGACAGCUCUGCCCAGCGAGCCCUGGGCUGGCCCGGAGCAGCAGGGACGGAGCCCCCGCGAUGUCACCGGGCUCCUCAGCCACCAUGGGCUGGGGGUGACGGACAAUUUACCGCCCGGCACUGGGAUCUGCAGGUGCCUCGCAGCCCCGGGGGGGCUUUUCCCCACUCAGGACCUGCCGGCGCAGGGUGGGCUCUGCCCGGGGGGCUGGGGGGCCCAAGGCUUCGUCUCUCCCUGGCUGGUGUUUCACCUGCUCCGGAGUGGGGAGAUGGGAAGACAAGAGCCGGGCUCUGGGCUGGGGCACCCACCACCUCACCUGGGACCCCCCAGGCUCGUGCUGCUGCUCCCCGCUGUGGCCGUGUCCCCCACGGGGCCGCCUGCCCCCCGGGACCCUCUCCCCCAGCCCCACAUUUCACGCCAGGUCUUGUUCAAUAAACCUCCUAUAGCCAUGCAAGGGGGGAGCCGGGUCCCCCCUCGCUUCGAGUGGCCCCGCAAGCCUGGGCCUCUCUGUCCCUCCUGGAACCACUGCCUGUCACCCGUCCCCGCAGGGACCCUCUGCCGCCUCGCCCCGUGCCAGCGCGGCAGCGGCAUCGGCCGCUUCUUAACCAAAGACGGCGUCUGGGCCCCCCAGGCACGUGGAGGGGACAUGGAGGGGGUUCCGUUUGCUACAUGGGGAGGAUAAUUUUGCUCUCCCUGCAACCAAGAGGAGCUGGGGAGGAGCCAAGAGCCAAUUCGCCCAGUGUGGGCACAUGUUGGGGCUGGUGUGGGGGGACAAUCUCCCCCCUGGGGGGGAUGGCUGGGGGUGUCCGUCCCCAAGGCUUGGCUGUGGGGAGCGCUGGGUUUUGGGUGACUUUACAGCCCUCCUGGGCUCAGGGUGUCUUGCAUUGUCCUCGAGCGUGUCACCUCGUCCCCCACCUGCCACCCGGCUCCCACCACGUGCCACCCGGGUGCUGCCCCCCCAUGCUUCGGGGUGCUCGUCGCCCCCUCCCCGUGCCGUGCCUUGCCACGCGUCCCCUCUGCCUUGGUGGGCACCCGUCCCACAUACCCACCCGCUCCGCGUCCCGACCAGGACCCCGGGGACCGGCGUCCGUGCGGCUUCGUCCCGCGGGGGCGAGCGCCCGCGCCGCUGCCUGCGCCUGCCUGCCCUGCUCUGUCUCCAGGAGGAUAAAACACAAAAGCAAUGAAAAUUCUCUUGUAUAAAAAGGAAGAAAAAAAACCAAACACAUGUAAAGAGAAUCUUGGUUUUUAUCAUGAAUGUUCUAAUAAAUUAAUGUUACUUUUUA